CAUCCCGAUGGACUCCAACUCCCAGCAGCCACCGCGCGGCUUCCUUCCGCUUACGUCAUCUGUGCGCGCCGCGCGCGGGCCGUGCCGCAGCCAUGGUGCAGCUCGGGAGCCGCCUCCUGAGGGGCCGCGGCGGCCAUGUCAUCAUCCGCUUCGCGCUGGGGGGCUGCACCAACCGCCCGUUCUUCCGCAUCGUGGCGGCCAACAGCCGGCGCGCCCGCGACGGGAAGUACCUGGAGCAGCUCGGCUGCCUGGACCCGCUGCCCAACGCGCACGGCGAGAAGGUGGCGGGGCUCAACCUGGAGCGGCUGCGCUACUGGCUGGGCUGCGGCGCGCAGCUCUCCCGGCCCGCCGAGAAGCUCCUGGGGCUGGCGGGGUUCCUGCCGCUGCACCCCAUGACGGUGACCGGCGCCGAGAGGCUGCGCCGGCGGCGACAGCGCGAGCAGCAAACAGAGGCUGCGCCUGCGGACGGCUCGGCCGAGACCGGCACCGACACCGGAACCGGUACCGGAACCGGGCCCUGACACGGCCCGGCCGGGAGGGUCCCGAGCGGCCCCGGACUGCUCCGGCCUGGGACCUCUCCGGCCCGGGACUGCUCUCACCCGGUGCUGCACUGGCCCGGGACUGCUCCGGCCCCAGACUCCACCGGCCCGGGGUUGUUCUCAGCCGCGACUGCUCCGGCCUUCCCGGGCCCGAGCUCUCCCGCCCUGUCGGUCCCAUUAAAGCGUUACCUCUGCACUCUGCACCGGCCCUCUGCUGCUUUCUCCUCUCGGUCAGGGCUCGCCGUUGCCCCGUGUGGUGCCUGGAAGAGGCUUUGCUGAACUCCCCAGGUGUGCCGCUGUUUCCCGGUGCUCUCCCAGCUGCCCUUGCCCUGCUCCUGUCAGAGUUCUGACCCCUGGCUGUGCUUUCACUGUAACAGCAGGGCAGCGGCUCAGGGCAAGCCUGGCACAGACAGAUGCAAAUACAAGUGCAGCUGGUUUUCUGCUUACUCUCCAGAGAGGUUCUGGCGCUGUUUGUUCAUUUAAAAGCAAAAGAGAAAGAUUUCAGUCUCCUGUAACUCACUGCCCCAGUCCCUCUUUACAAGUCCUGCUGUUUAAUCCCAUCUUUGACCCCGUUCCAAGAGACAAGAAACCCACCCAAGUCUCUCCUACCUUAGAUGGACCCCUGAGCUUUUGGGGUUUCCUUUGUGCAGCACUUAAAUGAUUCUAAAAAUGCCAGGCAGAUUUUCCAGUGUUGCAUUUCAAUAAAGCUGUUAGUGUAACCAACCUCUGAGGGAGGGAGAACACAUUAAGAAAUUACACAUAUUCUUUUUUUAAUAAAGUGUAUCUCCUAUAGAGUG